UUCUCUUUCUGUCUUCAGUCUGUGUAAUUGCAGUAUUACAGAGAAACAGUGUCUCAUCCUGACUUCAGCUCUGAAAUCAAACCCAUCACACCUGAGAGAACUGGACCUGAGUGUGAAUCAAAUAAAAAACACAGGAGUGAAUCACUUAUGUGACGUACUGAAGGAUUCACACUGUAAACUGGAGAGAUUGAGGUUAAGCAGCUGUGAAAUGACAGAUGAAGGUUGUUCUGCUGUGACUUCAGCUCUGAAAUCAAACCCAUCACACCUGAGAGAACUGAACCUGAGCAGGAAUAAACUAGGAGACUCUGGAGUGAAAAACCUCAGUGAUCUACUGAUGAACACACAAUUCAAGCUGGAGAAACUACAUCUGUAUAGAUGCAGUAUUACAGAGGAACAGUGUCUCAUCCUGACUUCAGCUCUGAAAUCAAACCCAUCACACCUGAGAGAACUGAACCUGAGCAGGAAUAAACUAGGAGACUCUGGAGUGAAAAACCUCAGUGAUCUACUGAUGAACACACAAUUCAAGCUGGAGAAACUACAUCUGUGGGAUUGCAGUAUUACAGAGGAACAGUGUCUCAUCCUGACUUCAGCUCUGAAAUCAAACCCAUCACACCUGAGAGAACUGAACCUGAGCUGGAAUCAAAUAAAAAACACAGGAGUGAAUCACUUAUGUGACGUACUGAAGGAUUCACACUGUAAACUGGAGAGAUUGAGUCUUCAUAACUGUGGAAUUACAGAUGUUUCUUCUUUAACUCAGUCUUUGACAAACACAAAAGCACUGCAGUUUCUAAAAGAGCUUGAUCUGAGAAACAAUAUGAUUGGAGACUCAAAGCAGCAGCUCAUUGAUGUGCUACGAGACUCAAACUGUAAACUGAUGUUCAACAGAGAGUGAAGAUGAUCUGAGGAUUGUGCUGCUGGGAAAAACUGGAGUCAGGAAAAGUGCGACUGGAAACACCAUCUUAGGAAGAAAGAAGUUCACAGCAGAAACAUCUCAAGAGUCUGUUACUAAA